CUUUACCAUGUAUAUAUGGGGAGUGUGAACCUGGAUGGUACGAGUAUUAUGACAACUGUUACUAUGUCUCCGUUGAUAGAUAUAAUCAUCAUGAUCUAGAGCAUGCCUGUACUUCUAGAAAUGCUACAUUAUGGAUAUGGCAUUCAACUGACGAAUUACAAUGGAUGACCAAUCUAUUAGCACAGAGUGCAAGGAUCCUGUAUUGGACAAAUCUGCAAUUGAUCAACAGGAGAUGGACAUUUAUGGAUGGUACACCUUACAAUGUACACAAUGUUCCAUGGUAUAGGAAAAAGGAAGGAGACAGGAAUAGUAAUUCCAAUAAAUGUGCAGGAUUGAUCCCAUACAAGCCUGAUACUGGUACUAUACAGGCUAGAAGAUGUACAGAUGGCUGGGGAACUAUAUGUGUUAGACCUAAAGCUAUGUUAGAUCUAUGUGACCUGGCCGAUGGGUGGCAGUACCGUGACGGUAGAUGUCUAAAAUUCUUUGACACCCCUCAAUCCUGGUAUAACGCUAGGCUAACAUGCCAAGCCAACCAAGGGGAUCUUACUCUGUUCAAGAACUACGAUGAACUUAGGAGCCUUGAUAGUCUUAUAACAUGCCGUACAUUAGACAAUGUGGCUUGGAUAGGACUCUCUGAUACUGUUCAGCCAAGAACUUGGAGAUGGAUCAAUAAUGAUACUAUGAGGUAUUCAAGAUGGUACGCCUAUGGUAACCAAAUUCUACAAAAUGGCUCUACAUGUGCAGCAACUUCUCCUAUAGAUGGUUGGGCAUGGAGGAAUUAUGUCUGUGAUACACAACUCAAGUUUAUUUGUAAUAGAUCUCUCGGUGUGUGUCCACCAGGUUGGUUACAGAAUCAAGACAGGUGUUAUGACCCUAAUGUUGUAGAUACAGCCAAAAAGACCUGGUUUGAUGCCAAAACUUACUGUGAGAGUAUAGGGGCCACGCUGCUUAUUAUAAAUAAUCAAAAAGAACAGUCUUUCAUCAAUAUAACAAUGAAUUCACUAAAAGUGGACAGAGCUUGGUUAGGAUUUUCAGAUAUGAACCAAUCAAAUGUUUUGCAGUGGCUGGAUGGAAGAUCAGCCAAAAAUGCGAGCUUUUAUAACCUCUGGGACAGAAACUUCCCUAAACCUGUUGCAAAAAGAUUUGAUUGUGGUCUCAUAGUUAAAGGUUUAAUGGAUUCAAGAUGGUCCAAUGUAUAUUGCUUCAAGCCAACAGCUUUCUUCUGUGAGAUGUCCAUCACAACAGUUCCCUUUAACCCUAUAACUCCGCCAGUGAACUAUGUUUGUGAUAAGGACUGGGUCCUGUAUCAGACAGAGUGCUAUUAUUUUGGUCCAGUAGGGAACCAGUCAUUGAAGAACUGGUAUGAUGCCAAUGAUUUCUGCAAGAGUUCCGGUGCUUAUCUGGUUGUCAUUGGAGACCCAUAUGAGAUGUCAUUUGUUACUGUUCAACAGUCAAAGAUAUUGACUGCCUGGAUAGGACUCAAGUAUGAUAAGGUUUCCGAUACCUUCAAAUGGGUGGAUGGUACAAGUCCAGGACAGUACUGGGCAAAUGAGACGAAUUUUUACCCAGGUGAACCUGAUGAUUAUAAGAAUGGUCAGGAAUGUAUACAGAUUGUCGGAGGACGUAGAGAUUAUACGGGCUCGUGGGACGAUGGUAACUGUUCCAUACAACAAGGAUUUAUCUGUGAGAAAAAUGCCGUUCCUAAAGUAAUCUUGCCACCAACUGGUCCACCUGUACCUACACAAAUAUCCACGCAGUGUGGUUUUGGCUGGAUAUACAGCCCUACCAGUAAUUUUUGUUACCAAGUUGUGCUUGGUCUACCAAGAACAUGGCAAGGUGCUAGAGCAUACUGUCAACAGAAUAAUGGUGAUCUGCUAUCUGUCUCUGGUGUUCAAGAACAAAAUUUUAUACAAGCGCUAUUGUCAUCCCCAAAGUAUGCAAGAUUACAGCUUAACUUUUGGAUAGGAGCCACAGACCAGACACAAGAAGGAGGUUGGCACUGGGUUGAUAACACACCAUUUAGAUAUUUGAACUGGCACCCAGGAGAGCCAAAUAACGUGAGGUUUGGUGUUGAGCCUGAAAACUGUGCUGAAAUGGUUCCUAGCUGGAAUUAUCAGUGGAAUGACAAAUACUGUAGCAAGGAAGAAGUCUUUAUCUGCAAGAAAAAUGCCUUGACCACAACAGCUUUAACUGUGGCUCCACCAACAGGUUUUAAUAAAGGUAAUUGUAAAGGAGAAGCUAUGAUAUCAGGAAACUACAGUCUGGUAGAUAGUGGAUCAUUUAAAUCUUCUCCUCCAAGAGAUGCUCAACAUACAGCCCUUAAUGCUAGACUCUUCCCAAAUAAUUUACUAGCUGGGGGAGGCUGGUCAGCAAAAACAGCUGAUACAAAUCAGUAUAUAACAGUGUUAUUUUAUAACACUAUAGUCGUGAAAGCAAUUAUUACAGCUGGACGGACGGACGUUGAUGAAUGGGUGUCACAAUAUCAAAUACAAUACCAGGAGACAUACUAUUCGGAAUGGUUGAAAUACAACGACCCACCUGGUACUGUCAAGAUAUUUUCUGGCAACAAUGAUUCCAGCACUCCAGUCACUAACACCUUGUUCUUCCCAUUUGAAGCCAAACAGGUGAAGUUAAUUCCUGUCCAAUGGAACCAGGGUAUAUCCCUUAGAUUAGAAAUUCUUGGUUGUCUAGAAGAGAGUUGUAUACCUGACUAUGCUGUGAGUGGACCUUUGGUUGCCAUGGACGGUCAGUUACAAUCAUCGGGGUUUUCCGACAUUGCACAUGAUGCCAAAGCUGCACGGUUACGACCAGUAACCCAGGGUGUGAUACCAGCAUGUUGGAAACCUCAGAUCUCCAACACAAACCAGUGGAUUCAGGUAGAUUUAGGUAAUAUAUUUUUGAUACGUGGUGUAACAGUGAAAGGUAACCCGGCAGCUCAAGAAUGGGUGACUCAGUUUCGCUUGAAGUACGGCACAACAAAUACCCCGUCUCUUUAUUACCAGGAACCAUACGGAAAACCCAAGAAUAUCCCAGGAAACGUUGACAACAGUUCUCCUGUAACAUACUACUUCAAGUCACAUUUUCAAGCUAGAUUCAUCAGGAUAGUCCCGAAUGGAUGGCAUACCAAUAUAGCACUGGCCUUUGAUAUCCUGGUUUGUCAAAAUGGAUGUAAUGGUGUUGCAUUAAUCAGCGGGGCUCAUCAUAUUGCUGAUGAUCAGCUGAGUGCAUCUUCCGUCCUUGACACUCGUCAUACUGUGGCACGAGCCCGACUCAAUCUUCCAGCUAACGGAGCUUACGCUGGAGCAUGGAUACCUAAAUACAGUGAUAAACAGCAGUAUUUGAAAGCAGAUUUAGGGUUUGCAAUACAGAUCACAGCAGUAAGCACACAGGGGGCAUUUGACUCAGCUGACUGGGUGAAAAGUUAUAAAAUCAGUUAUUCCAGUGAUAACCAAAAAUGGGUGUAUUACUAUGAACUAGGAUCUCAAGCUAAGGUUUUUGAUGGAAAUUGGGAAAACAGAAUAGCCAGGAAACACUACUUGUUGGUACCUUUUAUAGCCAGAUAUAUUCUCAUAUACCCACAGUCUUGGAACAACAGAAUUGCUUUACGAUUUGAACUCUAUGGAUGUCCAGGGGCAGCCUCUGGUGUAAGGAUUGGGUGUUUUGCUGAUGAUGCUCAUGAUCGAGACCUCAAGUAUGAGCCCUACACUGACCCCAGAGUGGGCAUGUGGCCCCCCAUGUGUGUUGACCAUUGUUUUAGAAAGGGUUACUAUUAUGCUGGUUUACAGAAUCAAUUUAAAUGUUUUUGUGGAAACUCUUAUGGAAAGUAUGGUCCAGCCACAGACUGCAACCAGGCAUGUUUUCCCAAGACAAACUUCCAGUGUGGUGGACCCUCGUCAAAUAUCAUCUAUACAACUGGGAUGUCUCCAGAAUUCAAGAUCUGCCCCACAGACUGGAAGUCUUAUGGUAAUAGAUGCUAUGUGCUCCUCCAGACUAAACAGUCCUGGUAUGAUGCCCGAGCAAGCUGUAAAGGUCAGGGUGGUGAUCUAGCCUCACCAAACAGCCAGGCAGAGCAAGAUUUUGUAUUUAGUUUGCUGGAAUAUGCAAACAAACAGAAUACAUGGAUAGGAUUUAAUGAUAUACAACGCGAGUCUCUCUAUAGGUGGGCAGAUGGUCGCCAGGUGAUGUAUACAAACUGGGGAUUAAACCAGCCUAGUCAUACAUUAAAUGACAACCAGGACUGUGUUGUUAUGCAGAAUACAUCUGGAGGUUGGCAGGAUGAAUCUUGUGAUGUCAGUCACAUGUUCGUGUGUCAGAUGGACAAACGUAGAUCCAGUCAGCCGGCCUCGACUGUACUACCAGAUGGGUGUCAGAAGGGCUGGGAUGGGUACAGGUGGUCAUGUUACCUGUACGCUGAUGCUAAAAGGACCUGGCAAGAUAGCAAAGCUGUGUGUGAAACUCUGGGAGCUUCAUUGGUUAGAAUAAGUGAUAAGUAUGAACAAGCGUACCUGGCAGGUGUGUUGGGGAGUAGAUCAGGACAGUACUGGAUAGAUGUAAAUGAUCUAGCUCAACCAGGAACCUAUCAGCAUACAGUUGGGAGACACUACCUAGACUUCACUAAUUGGGCCCAAAAUAAACCAGAUGGAACGUCAAUGUGUGUUUCUAUAGGAAGUGGUAACCAGACAGGACUGUGGACGAACCAGUUGUGUACAAAUAAGGCUGGGUUAGUGUGUAAGGCAACAAGGGUUGGUCACACGGCACCACCUUUACCCCCGGUAUCAACCAGUCUACCUCCCUGUGACCCUGGUCUUAUACAGACACCAAACUAUUGCUAUCAGGUAAACACAGUUGAAGUUCAUCGACGCCGAAAUAUUGGUGAGGCGAUUGCUGAUUGUAAAAGUAAGGGAGGUAACCUUGCCUCAUUUCACAGUGCUGCGGAUAUUGAUACAGUGUGGAGGAAUGCAUUAGUUGGGACAUCAUCCUCAUACUGGAUAGGGCUAAAUGAUCAAGCUACAGAAAAUGGGUAUGUGUGGACAGAUAAAACUUCUGUUAAUGUGUUAAACUGGGCUGAUAAGCAGCCAGACAACUACAAGGGAAUGGAAGACUGUGUUGAAAUGUGGAGCUCUACCUCCAAGUGGAAUGAUGCCGCAUGUUCUUCAAAAAAUAACUGGAUCUGCAUGGUAAAAAGAGGACAAGGUGGACAUUUAACAACAUCAAAACCCCAGACAGCCCCACCUACCCAAUCAAGUUCCCUAUGUAGUAGUUUAAGUGGUAGCGGAUGGGUGGCCUAUAAUGGCUACUGCUACCUGGCUAAUGAUGGUAACGGGGACAAUGGAAAGUCCUGGAGACAAGCUCAACAUCAAUGCCAACAAUAUGGCGGAGACCUGGCCUCAAUCCUCUCACAGACCGAGCAAGCAUUUGUGUAUCAUGCUAUGUUGAAAAAUUUAUCUGCCUAUAGAGUGUGGAUAGGACUGAAUGCACUAGAUCUGAACAAUGGAUACAAGUGGUCCGAUGGGUCACCAGGGAAAUAUUACCACUGGCGUUAUAAUGAACCUAAUGAUUGGGGUGGGGAAGAAGAUUGUGUCAACAUCCUCCUCCUCACAGGUGAGUGGAAUGAUGACCAUUGUGCCAGACAGUAUGGGUAUGUUUGUAAGGUGCGUGUUGGAUCAAUUAUAACCCCUGUUGUACCUACAGGAUUGUGGGCAGGAAAUUGUCCAUCAGGCUUUCAUAUGCAAUUUAACAGGUGUUACAGGAUAUAUCCAAAACCUGUAAACUGGACAACAGCCUUGGCAAAUUGUAAAGGACUUGGCUCUGGCUACAGUCUUGCCAGCAUUCUAGAUGAUGUCACCAAUGCAUUUAUAACAACACUGAUGGCAGAUAUGCAGGUGAAUCCAUGGAUUGGUUUACACAAAGAUGAGAACAAUCAGCUAUUAUGGGUGAACAAUGAUGAAACUGUAUACACUAACUGGGCACAUGAUGAACCUAAUGGCAGAGAGAAGGAGGCUUGUGUACAGAUUACUGGUUAUUCUGGUACAGUUGGUCAAUGGAAUGAUGUUGAUUGUUCAACUCAACAUGGAUAUGUCUGUAUGACAAAGAAAGACCCUACAAUUCUGACUGCGGAACCAAUUCCUAGCAUUUGUGAUGUACAACAAGGACAGACACUGUUUAAAACAGGCUGUUAUUUCUUCCUAAAACAGGCUUCCAACUGGUCCCAGGCCAGUGAUACCUGUCUUAAACAAGGAGGAGCCUAUUUGUCAUCUGUAAACUCGGGAUAUGAGCAGGCCUUUAUAUAUCUGACUAUGAAACAACAUAAUGUGAAUGCUGUAUGGAUCGGAUUAAAUGAUAUAAAGCAAUCUGGAACAUAUACAUGGACAGAUAACUGGCCAGUAGUGUACAGCAACUGGGAUGCUGGUCAGCCUGUUGGCGGUCAAGGUUGUGUGAUUGCCAAUACCACAGGAAGAUGGAUCGAAACUAACUGUUCAGCAUCGUAUCCAGCCAUCUGUAAAAUAUCCACUGCAUCCCCGUCAUUGACCCCUCCAGCCCCUAAUGCACUGUGUGACCCAGGCUGGUAUUCAUGGAAAAGUCACUGUUACUACCUUGGUGUGAAUAUACCACGAUCAGCUCUAGAUGCGGAGUUCUACUGUCAGCAACACCAGGGGGCGCUUGUUUCCAUUCAUAACCAAACACUGAACCAGUAUCUUGUUAAAACAAUGAACUCAUUGGCAGUGAAUGGGCAGAGUUUCUGGACGGGUCUACACAAGUCAAUUGAUUCUGGUUUCCAGUGGAUAGACAGAUCGCCAGUACAGUUUACUAACUGGAGAAAAGGGGAACCAUCCACUCGAGGAUGGGCAGGAAACUCGGAGAAUUGUGCCGAGGUAUUUUUGUCAGAUGGAAAAUGGAAUGAUGAAGACUGCAAUAGUAAAAGACUUUUUGUCUGUGAGAAAAGUCCAGUUGUAGAUAACAGCAAGAUACAUAUUGGUACAGGAGGAGCACCAAUCAAUGUUCCAACACCUAUACCAUUUACACGUCCCUCCAUACUGCCAAUACAGCGUACACCCUCCCCACCAUCUAAAGGUGUAUCACAGAUAUCACCUCAGACAGAUAAACCUCCAGUGUCACCUCAGUCACAGAACGUGCCCUAUGUAACCGUGACAACAAGGAAACCAUUACCCGUGGUUUCUGACAACUCUAACCCACUGACUGGUGCUUUACCGUCUCUUUCAAUGAGACCAUAUACAGGAGGUAGUACAGCACAACCGUUACAAGCUGCUGAUACAGAAACCUCAACAACAAUUCUAGGAAUGUCAGCAGGUGGUUUGGCCGGGGUGAUAUUAGCAACUAUCAUAGUUAUUUUACUGGUUGUCUUGAUAGCACUGUACUUGCGCCGCAACACAACGAUGGGUCGACAAUUGAAGUUUGGGUUGGAUAAUAAUGACGGCUUUGAAAACAAGACUUACAGAUACGAUACUAACUCUGAACAAGUGACUGAAACUAGGGAUGGUUUAAGUUUACGAACAAUGAGUGAAUCCAGUAGUUAAAUUAGUGCUUAUUUUGUCAUUUUGUUUGUAUGCAUAUUGUAUCACUUAAGUUGAUAUGAUUUAGUGUUAAUACUCAUUUAUAGCCAAUUAUAGGUUGGGCUGUUCUGUUGCAUUUGUUGUAUUUUUGGUCUUAAGAAUGUUGAGUUGGUUUGUUGCUGUUUUUUUUUUUUUACAAAAAUGUGCAAUGCAAUAUUUAUGCUAAAUAUUUCGUGAAAUAAAUAGCUUUAUUUUUUACAGGAGUUUAUUUCUACAGGGAAAACAUUUAUUCUCAAGAUAUCUACAAUAACUUAUUUUGUAUUGAAAUUAUUUGACAAAAAGUGAAGUUUACAUAGGAAAUGGUUGAGAAUCAAUAAAUAUAUGUAAAUGUGCAAUAUAUAAUGUGCAAUGUUUUUUGGGGUUUUUUUUGUUUUUUUUUUAAAUAUUAUAAAAUGCAAUAUUGUUUUUAAAAGUCGGUUUAUUUGAGUUGAGUGUAUUUUACAAUGCAGUUCUCUCAUUGUUUCCCGUUUUUUAAUACAAGUCAUUUUAUAGCAAAAUAUAUCCAAGAUUCAAAUAUAUGUUAAACACGUAAAAUUGACAUUUUCUAGUGUAUACAUAUCAGGCAGGAUAAUCUGCUUUUUUACAUCCUGUUUACACCCCUGGAAGACAGGUCGCGUGCUUUACAUGACGUCAUACCUGCGCGCCUUUUAUGAAUGAACUGCAUUCUUAACCCUUUCGCUGCCAGAGGGUUAUUGUUUUAUUGUUCACCUAUUUGCCAGAGGAUUUUCUAAGAAAUUACUAUAUUAUUAAUUAAUAUAAUUAUUACUAUUUGUUAUUAAUAUUAUUAUAAUAAUAAUUAUAUAUGUUUCCAAUUAUGUUAGUAUAAUAAUAAUUAUUGUCGAUGGUAUAAUUUUCUUUAUAUUUAUUAUUAUUAUUAUUAUUAUUAAUUUAUUAUUAUUACUAUCAUUCUUAUAGAAAACGGCUAAAGCCGUCCAUAUGGCAAAUACGCCGAAAUUAACAGGGACGGCUUAAGCCGUCCCUAUGGCAGUGAAAGGGUUAAAAUGACAUUUUUGCCGUUAUCACGUUGUUAAUGCAUAUGUUGCUGUAAGAAAAAUGGCUAAUAUGCAAGGAAAAUAUUCAAACAGCGCCUGUCGUCACAGACAGAAAUAUUUAGCUCUCGGGUAACUGUUCAUCGAUAUGUCAGCACAGCCUCGUUACCGCCGUAAACAGUUACCCUCAAUUAAGCUAGAUAUUCCUGUCUGUGCCAGCAGCCGGUGUAAGAUCCUUAUAAUCUACAAUAAGACAUUUGACUGAUGCAUGAAAAUGCAAAAUGAGCAUAUAUAUGUAUUAUAUAAUAAAUAAAGGAUUAACUUAAUGUUGAUACUAGUUUUAAAGCUAUUUUUAAGCAUAGUUUAUGAAUAUUGAUGAAAUAAAGGAAUUGGUCUGUCUCAAAAUAAUGUUAAAUUUAUUCAAGAAUUUAUUUGUAUUAUGUAUACGUUAUAAAUGUAUUAUGUACAGAUUAAAUAAAGAUAAGUAAACAG